AUGGAGUUUGUUGUGCGAUUCUUUGAUAUUGGUAGUCAUGGGAAUAGGGUAAAUCAGUCCUUUGUCACUUUUAUCCCUAAGGUUGGUAACUCUUCGAAACUCAAAGAUUACAAGCCCAUCAGCUUAGUUGGUAGCCUCUAUAAGAUUGUUGCUAAAUUGCAGGCUAAUAGGCUCAAGAAAGUGAUAGGGGAAGUUAUAGGAAAUAAUCAGUUUGUGUUUACUAAAAGGAGGCAAUUGAUGGACAAUGACACAAUGGUUUUCAGUUACUUGGAUCUUGAAGAGAUUAAGAAUAUUAGGAGAAUUCUAAGAAUCUUUCGAGCUAUGUCAAGGUUAAAAAUUAACUUUGCAAAGCGUGGUUUAAUUAGGAUUGAUAUUGAAAUUGAGACUUUAGAGGAAUGGGCAGUAGCAAUGGGAUGUAGGAGUGAUAAACUCUCCAAUACAUAUCUCAGCUUUCCUUUAGAGCAAGGCACCCACCACUCUUUGUAG